AUGGCACCCUCAAGCCCCGUAACUGAUGAUUCACCAUGUGCCUCCCCUGAGUCUCCUGGUUAUAGCAUUGCAUCACCUGGUUCACCAGGAUCGCCAGUGCUCGCAACGGUCGAAUCCCCGACAAGCCUAGUGGUUGAGCCGCUUGCUGAUUGGAGAGAUCAUGUACACAACAUCCCUCGCCUCCCUUCUCCACGACCUCGUGCUCUAACUCCAAAUGGAUUUCGAGAAAGCGACACCAACGAUCAGCAAAGGCAGAUUCCUACAUUGUUACAGAAUUGCUCGUGGUUCAAGAUCCCGCCUCACCUUAGGCGCGAUAUCCUGAGACUGGCUUUUGGGGAUCGACGCCUCCACAUGGGCUUGAAGUUUGAUGCCUCUCUUUCGCCUUCUUGGCACAGCUCCGGCAUAGUUUGUAAUCGAGUCUCCCCAGAGGAAGAGGGACCAAUGACACGUGGUAGUCUCAAAGACGGUCCUUGGGUAGAUGAAUGUGAUUCUCCAGAUCAGGACACAGAGUCUAUUGGGAUAAUGGGUUGGCUUUUAUCUUGUCGUCAAAAUUAUGCCGAAACCAUCGAUAUCCUUUAUUCAAUGAACACAAUCUUGAUCUACGACGAGGCGCUACUGACUCAUCUUACUCAACUGAUACUACCUCGUCGUCUUGCCCUCGUUACCUCUCUCGAGAUUACAUGGCCAGCCAAUACGACCGACGAACUCGACCCUCUUGUCCAUCGCUUGUCAUUGCCACAAUUUCCAAAUCUCAAGCGCCUUUACAUAUCACUUCAAGCCCAUGAGGGAUGUGAAGCAGGUCUCAAUCACGGUUCAAUCACUAGUUUCCUUGCCGAGUUUGUCAGAAACAGGUCUGAUAUUAUUGAGUGUGCCGUUGCAUUACCUUUUAGGUCAUUUGAAUCCAUUGCCCACCACCUCAUACAGGUAGAUUCUAGUUGGGAACGAAAAACAUACAGCCAAAUUUGGAGCUCUUUAGAUGGCAGUCUGCAUGCUGUAAGGCUGCCAUAUGUCGAUAGUUAUCCGAAGCCACCGUUCCAGUUGGGGCCUAACCCAGGUGCUGGAUAUUGGCUUUUAGAAGGCACUGCUGCACCCCUGACAUGGAGAUGGAGGUCCAACAGCCACGAGUGGACUGGUUUGUUUGCAGGAUGGGAGGAUUGGGGUGAGAAUGCGGAGAAUUAG